UGUCAAAAUAUCUAUCAUAACUUCUUCUUCUUUUUUAAAAUUUUUUUGGGUACAUUGGAGGAUUAGCUGCUUGGCAUCACAGAGAUUUGAACUUCGAACCUUAACCCCAAAUCAAGACAAUAGUAAAGGACAAUUCUGGAUAAUGGAUUAUGAUAACUUUAUUAGAAUUGUAUGCUAACUAAUCAAAUCAUAUUUGCAUCCUGAUUUGGCGAGUCUUGGACAUAAUAUCAUCUUUAUUGCAGGAUAUGUGCAUAAGAUAACAGCUCGUAAGGACAUUGAAGUAAUGGAGGAUUUGGAUAAUGGAAAACCACCGUGAUAACAAGAAUGUCUUUGCUGAAUGGAAUCUUCUUGUUGAAUAUAUGCUUUCCAGUUGUUGGGGAAUAGAAGAUUUUGCUCUCUUCCUCCGGAAUACCUGUUAGCCAUGGCAAAUGUCAGUUUUCUUGAAUUCCAGUACAAGCUCUCGAAAUGCAGGAUGUUGCGAAAGCCAUCUCGCUUAUUCUCCCGUGACAGACAGAAUUCUGGCUUGUUAACUUCCUUCCAGCCAGAUUUGAGAGAGUUGAGGCAUGUUUUUGAUAAAUUUGAUGCCAACAAAGACGGCAAGAUUUCUCAGAUGGAGUACAAGGCUGUAUUGAGAGCUUUGGGGCAGGGAAACAUGAUUGCAGAUGUGCCGAAGAUUUUCCAGGUGGUUGAUCUGGAUGGAGAUGGGUUUAUUGACUUCAAAGAGUUUGUGGAAGUGCACAAGCAGAGUGGAGGGGUUAAGGCAAUGGACAUAAAUAGUGCUUUUUGUACGUUUGAUCUGAACCGGGAUGGGAAGAUAAGCGCAGAGGAGGUUAUGCAAGUGUUAAGGGGGCUGGGAGAGCAAUGCAACCUUGAGGAUUGCCGGAGAAUGGUGAGAGCAGUAGACACUGAUGGGGAUGGCAUGGUUGACAUGGAAGAAUUCAUGAGCAUGAUGACUCAAACCAUGAAGCGAGGUUGAAGGGUUUCCUGUAUUUCUGUAAUAUGAUGUGGCAACUAGCGUGUAAUGAACUUUUCAUGCACGGUUGGGUAGCACAAUCGCAAGUUUGAAAGGGUGUAUUAUAUUUUGCAUAUGAAAGGAAAGUAAGGUCUCUUAAUAUGGUUUUAGCUGUUUUUUCUUUUAGAAAAUUUUUAAUUUUUAGUUUUAGCGUUGUUGAUAAUUGUAAUUAUUAUCGUUAAUUGAUAGAUAAAAGAACAAUUAAAUU